ACAGCCAUUGUAGCGAACAAUGGGUCAGAACAACGGAAAACCCGUCGUCUUCACCGACCAAGUCAACCUCAACCACUUUCGCCUGUUGCGAGUCGUCGGCAAGGGAGCCUUUGGCAAGGUCCGCAUCGUGGAGCGAAAAGAUACCGGUCUGACUUUUGCCCUCAAAUACAUUCGCAAGGAUGAAGUCGUGCGCUCCGAGAGCGUCCGUAACAUUAUUCGCGAGCGCCGCAUGUUGGAGCAUCUCAAUCAUCCUUUUCUCUGUAACUUGCGAUACAGCUUCCAAGACAUCGAAUACCUGUACAUUGUGGUCGACCUCAUGAACGGUGGUGAUCUCCGCUUCCACAUCUCGCGCAAGACUUUCACAGAAGAGGCGGUCCGGUUCUGGAUAGCCCAGCUUGGAUGCGCCGUCCGGUACAUACACCAGCAGGGAAUAGUUCACAGAGAUAUCAAGCCCGACAACGUGCUGCUCGACUCAGAGGGCCAUGUCCACUUGGCAGAUUUUAACGUCGCAUCUGAUUUCACGCCGCACAAAGCCCUCACGAGCAAGUCAGGCACACUUGCCUAUCUCGCCCCCGAAGUGUACGAAGGCAAAGGAUAUUCGUGUGAGGUCGAUUGGUGGUCCCUCGGCGUGCUCUUUUACGAGUGCAUCUACAACAAGCGUCCUUUCGAGGCUAGCAGCCACGAUUCCUUAGCCCAGAAAAUCUCCAAAGGAGAUCCCACAUUCCCUGUCACCAAUCCUCCCGUCUCGAUGCCCUGCUUGCACGCCAUUAGUUCGCUCUUGGAGAAGGAUCGUAAAAAGCGCAUUGGUGCCAUCAGUUUCAACUCUUUCUGUGAUAAUCCCUUCUUCCGGCCCAUCGACUUUGAAGCUUUGGAGCGCAAAGAGAUCGACCCCAUCUUCAUUCCCUCGAGUGACAAGACCAACUUCGACGCCACCUACGAUUUGGAAGAAUUGCUGCUGGAGGAGGCACCUUUGGAGGCACGAGCAAGGAGACAAAAGCCGCGCGAGGCGCUCAAGGACGAUGCCACAGAUGCGGAAAUCCGCGCCGAGGAGCUACACAAGAUGAUUGAGACCCUCUUUGAACCUUUCAACUACACAACUGUCGCGGAUCAGCGUCCAGCUGCCAUUGCCGUGGCCGAUCCUGUCGACUCGGUGAACAAUUCGCGUGGAAGCCACAACAGCAACAACGAGCCAACACCGACCUCGUGCACCUCGGCGCAAGAGACGUGGCAACGCCAACCUGCCGACAAUGAACUGCAUCCUACCCGCUCGGUGACCACCCAACGAUCAACGACGCAAUCCCCCAACGGCAGUCCUCCCCUGCCUCCCGCUCAGCUCAACAACCAACCCACCUCGGCAUCGCCCAUGUCGCAACGAGGCGAAACCGCGGAUUAUUUCCCCGCCGACGGGUCUAGUGCGACCCCAUCUUUUUCGCGGCCUACAAAUCGUCGUGGAGGCCCCCAGCGCAGCACUAGCAUGGGCGGCGGUGUCCAGAACCCUAACGCAGAGAAACCAUCGGGCAUGCUUGGUUUUCUCAGUCGCAAAAAAGGCCGGGACAGGAGUCCCAAGGCCAAGGAGAGGGGCGUCCUCGGAAAGGAAGGUGCCCGUGUCAUCAUCAGCAACACCUGA